CUCUAUGGGAAAGAUGGAACAGGUAAGCCCCCUUGUAGAGAAGGAGAAAAUGUACCAUUGACUAUCUUGUAUAGGCAAGAAAUCCAUAGCCUAACUUUACGCACAGUUUCUCUAUUCUAUAGGAGCUGUACAUGGGCGGAAAUUUUUCGGGACACCCAAUCCCAAGAAAACCACAUUACGCAACCCCCCGACAGUUGUUUUUUGGGACGAGAAUGUACAGGAUGAAGAUUCAUCAGACAGCAGUGACGAUGAUUCUUCCGAUAGUGAAAGUAGCGACCUUUUUGGGGCUGUUCAUACCCGAACCUCACUCAAUAUUAAGGAUCUUCUGGAGACUGCGGCAGAGUCCAUUUUGAUCAUCUCAUCGCGAAACAAAAUUCUGAUUGAAUCUAUGGAGCGCAAUGAGAAGGCUUUGCGGGAGUUUCAGAGCCCACUGAAACUUCCAGACUACAAUGAAGAAGAACUAACGCAACUCGUUGUGCGUAUGAUACAGAAACGGGGCAUGUUAAUCGAAGGGGGUCCCGAGAAUCGCAGCCUUCAUGCUUUGGUACGGCGAGUGGCCCGGAAACGGAAGUCGGCUUCCUUCUCGAACGUACAUCACUUAGAGAAAGAACUAAACAAUGCAUGCAGACGGCAAGCUCUCCGGCUACAAAGAGAACACGUCCAAUGGUUCCAACAGGGUUUAACUCAAGCUUCUCGAACAGAAUUUCUGCCGGGCGAACGUACGCAGAAUGAAAGGGAGACCGACGAAAAAUGCAACGUCACCGAAGCUACCGAUGACCAGAAACGCCUCUUCACCUCAUCGGAUCUCUUGGGCCCGGAUCCUAAAGAUCUGAGGGACGAUAACAAGUCAUGGAAAAAGUUAGAGGGUCUGAUUGGACUCGAAAAGGUCAAGAGAGAAUUUGGCGACAUCAUCGACUUUGCCCAGACCAAUUACCGCCGUGAGCUUCAAGGGAUGAAGCCCCUUGAAAUUGGUCUCAACAGGCUGUUUCUCGGACCUCCUGGAGUAGGUAAAACUACUGUUGCGCAGCUAUAUGGCCAGAUACUCAUCGACCUUGGACUUCUUUCUGGAAAGAAGGUCAUGUUACGAAAUCCUUCCGACUUGAUCGGCCCGCAUACAGGGCAAUCCGAGAUGAAGACCAAGGAAGUUCUUGAAGAAGCGAACGGGAACGUCUUAGUUAUUGAUGACGCACAUAUGCUGUAUCCUGGCGUCCAAGACGCCGGUAACAAUACGGACGAUUUCAGGAUCGCUGUUCUUGACACCCUCGUCGCGAAUGUCUCCGCGGAACCAGAGGACAGAUGCAUCAUACUCGUUGGGUACGACUCCGAGAUGAGCCAACUAUUCAACAACAGUAACCCCGGGCUCCAGCGGCGGUUCCCAAAGGAGACUGCCUUGCGCUUCGACACGUACAGUGAGGAUGAACUCUGUCGAAUCAUGGAUAUGAAAGUUGAUGAGUGUGGUCUUGAGAUGACCGAGGACGCUGCCGCAGUGUCUCGACAAGUCUUGAGCCGUAUGCGUAUCAAUCCGAGAUUCGGAAAUGCGGGAGAUGUUGAGAGCCUACUCUCUCAAGCUAAAGUACGCAUGAACGCCCGAAGCAGAUCCGCAGACCACAGAUCAGGAUCCAUACAAUUUACGAUAGAGUCUGGUGACAUCGACCCUGAUUGGGACCGGCCAUUGCGGGUUGACGAAAGUCGCGCUAAGCUUUUCGAAGGUUUCGUUGGAUUCAAGAAGAUCGUCGAGCAGUUCGAAGGCUAUAAGAACCUAGUCGACGGUAUGCGACUUUGGGACAUUGAUCCCAGACCUCACAUUCCAUGGGCCUUCAUUUUCCAGGGCCCACCAGGUACGGGGAAAACGGCAACUGCUCAGAAAGUAGGGCGCUUAUACUUUGAUAUGGGCCUACUAUCCACAGACGAGGUUGUGGUUUGUUCGGUCACUGAUUUCGUCGGGCAAUAUUUGGGACAGACGGGACCCAAAGUUGUCAAGACCCUCGAGACUGGCCUGGGCAAGGUCUUGUUUGUUGACGAAGCCUAUCGCUUGGCAAGUGGUUCAGAAUUCCACGCAGAGGCUCUCAGCGAGCUGGUCGACGCAAUGACACAGGUGCGCUAUCAGAAUAACAUGGUCAUAAUAUUGGCUGGGUACACCACGGAGAUGGAACAUCUUUUACGAAUCAACCCUGGUUUGCGUAGUAGAUUCCCGGAACACAUCACAUUCCAAGCCAUGAACUCGCACGCUUGCCUCAAGCAUCUCAGGCAAGAGGUUCAGAAGCUCAAGAUCGACAUCGUGGUAGCAAAAGAUCCAAGUGAGGAGAAGUUAGAGACAGUCUACCGUCUGUUCAGAAAGCUCGGCCAAACGAGGGGAUGGGCUAGUGGCCGUGACGUUGAGACUUUGGCCAAGACCAUUAUAGGUAAUGCGUAUAAGCGGGCGGGGAGAACAAAGAAGAGGUUGGACACGAUUUCCUUACAAGUCACUCUGGGCGAAGUUAUUGAGGUCCAAAAAGGGAUGCUAAGGGAACGGCUGAGACGAGUGGACGACGAGGCGGAGGAGUAGACUGUAGGCCUAGAAGUAUCGAGUUACGACAGAAACACAGAGCCAAAUUAGCUCGAAUGCCAGAUAUGAAUAUCAUUGUGUCUCUGCCAACGAAUCUGACGAGGCUAAUGACCUUCUCGUCGAGGGCAUCGACAUCGCCAGCCUACUCGAGCGCAUGACAAGAUGCGGUCAC